AUGGUUACCAACACAAUUGAGGUUUAUGACAUUGUCGUCGUCGGGGCCGGACCCGUCGGUCUACUCCUUGCGACAUGCCUAGCACGCUUCGGCUUUCGCACCAAGGUCGUUGACAAGCGCCACACACCAACCUUGACUGGACGAGCUGAUGGCAUCCAGCCAAGGUCUCUUGAUAUCCUUCGCAAUUUGGGCCUCAAGCGUGCGAUCAUGGCUCAUGAGCCGGCCAAGGUCUAUGAAGUGGCUUUCUGGGAUCCAAUGCGUGAGGGAGAGGGAAUCCAUCGAACUAGUAUUUCGAGAGCCUGCCCACCUUUCGUCGAGGCUCGAUAUCCUUUUGCCACGUGCCUUCACCAAGGAUUGAUAGAGGGAGUGUUCAUAGCUGAUCUAAGAAAGAAUGGGGUAGAAGUUGAGAGACCUUUGGCUAUUGUAAACUUUAGUAAUGACAGAAAUGACGAACCUCAUCCUGUUGAAGUGAUCUUGGAGCACACUGAAAGUGGUGAGCAGCAAACAGUCAAAACCAAGUAUUUAUUUAGCGGAGAAGGCGCAAAAAGCUUCAUACGAGAGAGACUUGGCAUACAGAUCCACCACAAAGACCGCGUCAUGAAUGUUUGGGGAGUGAUGGAUGGUGUGGUGGAGACAGAUUUCCCAGAUAUCAAGAUGAAAUGCACGAUACAUAGCCAGCAAGGCUCAAUUAUGAUCAUACCGCGAGAAAACAACUUAGUCAGACUAUACAUCCAGCUUGCUACAUCAUCAGACGAAGACUUCGACCCUCAUAGACAGGCCACAGUGGUAGAGGUCCAAAAUGCAGCCAAGCAAAUACUAAAGCCUUAUCAUAUUGAAUGGGAAAGGAUAGAGUGGUACUCAACAUAUCCUAUCGAUCAAGGGAUUGCCGAAAGGUAUACGCUUGAUAAUCGUGUGUUCAUGGGCGGAGACUGUUGUCAUACACACAGCCCAAAGGCUGGACAAGGCAUGAAUACAGCGUUCCACGACGCCCUAAAUCUGGCUUGGAAGCUGCAUCUAGUUGAAAGUGGUUUUGCGAAUGAAUCGGUUUUAGAUACCUACGAGUCAGAGCGCAAAAUGAUUGCAGAGGAGCUGCUGGAUUUUGAUGCCAGAUAUGCAGCCCUUUUCUCCCGACGACUGCCGCCUAUUUCGAAAAGGGCCUCAGAGAAGGCUGAUAUAGCUGAUGGACAUGAGACCAACGCCUCGGAGGAGUUCUUGAAUGCCUUUAAAGAAAGCCAAGAGUUCACCUCGGGUUACGGUAUCGCUUAUCACGGGAAUGUGUUCAAUUGGUCUCUGUUGCAUCCAGCCCAAUCACUUGUGUUCGAUCCAAGUGGACACAAGUUGACCGCCGGCCGAGUGAUGCCACAUACGGACGUGACUCGUGUUGCUGACGCCAAUGUUGUAAAGUUGGAGCAUGAGAUCCCGCUGAAUGGCUCCUUCAGGCUCUUUGUCUUUGCCGGCAAGCCAGAUUAUUCGAAGCAAGCUCUGACUGACUUCGCUUCAAAUCUCCAGAAGCAGCAAAGCUUCCUAGCCGUCUAUCCGCACCAGGAUGCUAGAAGUGUUUCUUACCACGAGCGACACAACCCGCAUUCUCCUUUCUUCUCAAUCUGCAUCAUAUUUACAGCACCGCGAUCUCAAAUCGUCAUCGAAUCGCUACCACCACUGCUCUCGAGAUACAGAGAGCAUGUAUAUACAGACGAUGUGAUGUGUCCCGCAAUGCAGGACACUGGACCAAGGGCACAUUUCAAAAUGGGCUUCUCUGAAGAUAGGGGAGGUGUGAUCGUUGUGAGACCUGACGGGCACGUUUCCUGCGUAGUCGGCCUUGUAGAAGGAUCCGGGACAGUGGACGCACUGAACCAAUACUUCAAUGCAUUCUCAACCAAGCGACUAGGCGGUGUCCAGAGUCGCUUAUAG